AUGGCGAUAUUCAAAGGGCGAUUGCGCUGCUUCUACUGCGGGCAGCGCUCUGAAGAAAAAAAGUCGGCGACAGUCCGCGAAUUCCGCUGCAACAAAUGCGAGGCGGUGAACUAUCUAGACGAGAAUGGAGAUAUUACAGACCCGCCAGUCUCUGUGACAAAUGCGACGAAUAUGACGAAUGCGACGACAGACAUGGACCAGGCGCCGUUCAGAGUGCCGGAUUUCGACCAAGCAGGCCUCUUCUGCAGAAAAUGCAUUCGCAACCAACAUCUGCUCAUGAAUUCCCUUGCCACCUUUCUUCCAGAUAUCGACGACCCUGAAUAUCCUGUGUUCGAGAAAGACCUCCCCAGAUACCAGAAGACUAUGGAAGAGCGCUACCCCCAAGUAUGUGAGAAUUGCGAACUGAGGGUCCAGAAUCGCAUUCGCGAAACCAAGUACGAAGCGAAAUCCGACCACUUGAGGAGAAUCAUGGAGCGCAGCAAGGCCAGUCGCGCAACGAAGAGCGCUCGUAACCGGAAUUGGAGGCAUAUCGUUGAUGUGCUUGGCUUCCUGGUAUACUGGGCUAGUGUUGCUGGCCAAGUGCUGUCUGACAUGCUGGGAGCUAUCGAAGCUGGUGAUGUCAUUCUUAAGCUAUUUCCGCCUUCAUUCGUGCCAUUUAUGUCUCAUACGAGUCAAAUACUCUCCUGGAUUGGCUAUUCAUCUCAGGACACUGCCACCGUUGCCUUGAUCGCCGGUGUACUUUCAAUUUGGUGGAACCCAAGGCUGCAUUAUAAAGUUGAAGGGAUGAGUGGGCGAAUUUUGGGACUCAACCAGUAUUACGAAUGUCAGUUGAUUGUCAUGGCCGCCAGGUUUGGAGUGUGGGCGCUCUUGCAGGAUCCCAGUCGCUUGAAGCCCUCCUUGCCACCUACUCUUCACGCAGUUAUGAUCGUUUUUACGUGCCUGGCAACUCUUGCAUCACACAAAAUUAUCCAAUACGAUACCAGGCCACUUGUUUUAUGGUCAGAAACCCCUGUAGUUUCGCCCUCUGUUUCGCAACGACACCAACCUCUUCAGGACAAGCCCGACAAUUUUUUUCCACAGCAAUUAUUCGACCGUUUCCCCGUGGAGCGAUUGGGUGUACCGAAGGAGAAACUCAAUCAGGAUGCGAUACAACAGCCGGCUGUGACUGAUGUUGAAAUGGAAGACUCUAUGGACUGGACACCGUCCAUAUCUCAUGAUAUUCGCCCCAAAAUUGUUACGAAUCCUAAGUCAAACGUUGCCACACAAGGACCAGUCCCGUCGCCUUUUUUUGGCUCUCUCCCUCAGCAACCACGGCCUCCUGCGUGGGAUCUUCGAAACCCCAUCGUUCAGAAACCGCCGCCGCCAGUUCCCGAGGUAAAUCCAUUUCAUCGACCCCUAGCGGUAGGGCAAGAAACCGGCGGCACUUAUGGAAAUACAGGCCUCGGCACAAAUGACGUGAAUUUUGCUCGUCCAAAAUUCUUCCCGCCAUCGGAUUAUACUGCCAUGACCGGUCUCGAGGGUCUAUUUGACCAUACAUUCACAUUCAAACCACCGGGUGAGAGGACUUCGAAGAAUUCCAUAUCGUCGAGCGAGAAUCCUUUCUUAUCGCCGGAUCUGAAAGCAAGGCACCGCCCUGCAAGCCACAGACCCGAGACAUGGAGCUUUCCGUUCACAUUUAUCCGACUAGUGUGUCUCUUAACAUGCCUGGUAAUGUGGACGAUUGAUUGGCUAGAGCUGGCCUAUAUUCCGCGCGACUGGGUACUCAUGGGCGCUCUGGUUAUUUCAAUUCUGUUUACUGGCUUUGGGCUUUUGGAAUCUCUGAAUAUGGCCCCCUUGCGCUACCGAAGAGUUGUUUACUCAGUGGCUAAGUUUGUGGGAACCUUGUAUCUCGCUGUCCAUCUGGGUUCACAUUUCUCAGAUGGUCGUUUUUAUCAAGGAGGGUACCUCGAGUUGAGCGUGAAAGUUUUGACGGGUCUCCUCGCUGUGGAAGAGUCCUUAGGCUUGCUUUCUAUGUAUCAUCGAACUCGGUCGCGUCAACAUAAAGCCGCAGCUAUGAUGAACACUAUGAUGGAGACUCGGUCUUUGACCCAGCCUGCUGACAAUGGUGGACCUCCGGCGAGUGAACCCUCGACGAGUGAACCUUCAAAGUCCAAAUCUCCAGCAAAGAGGACUUCAGUGAACAAAACCCCAGUGAAACGAAUGACAGCGACAAACCAGCUACCACCUGCAUCAGCGUCUCCGCUUUCAUUUUCUUCUACAUUAUCUUCUAUCCAACAGGAAUCCGCGAAUGAUGGAUACAGCCUUCGACGGCUAGGUGUCUACUACGAUGAUCUCAAAGAUGACGAUGGUUCUGAUGUUUCAGAAGCAGCUUCUUCGGAUUCCGACGCCGACACCGUCCGUACGUCUGAUACAAACCAGAAGAUCCGGAACAGUUAUCCUUUCAUAGAACAUUCCCCUAUACGUGGCCAAGGACUGGGCUCCGGAAUACGGGGUCUACGCCUUGAUGACGGCGAAAUCACUCCCAGACGCAUGACUCGCAGCCAAACAGCCAGAGGAACGGGGACAACAACCGGGCUUGUUCAUGCCAACGGACAAUUCCAAGUACGAAAAAGAUGA